AUAUUUCUGAAGAAAAUGAAGAUUAUUAUUCUAAUAGUGAUUAUAUUAGUAUUGAAAAUGAGCUUGAUGAUAUAUUAGAAAAACAUACUAUCUAUAGAUCUAAUACAGAAUUAGAAUCUUUUAAUAAUAAUUCUGAUUUAAUUACUUUAUCAUCAAAUAUUAAUCAUAAUUCUGAAGAAUGA